UUCGGAACAGUGAUUUUACAUUUCACAUUUUUUGAUAUAGGAAUUGGAACUGUGAUUUUACGUUUAACAUUUGUACUUGGUAUCGGAACUCUUACAAGAUGUGGCCGGUCUUCUUAUUGCUGUCUAUUUGCGUGCCCGACGCGUGGGGUCACGGGCGAGUAUGGCAGCCGCCGUCCCGCGCGACGGCGUGGCGGCUCGGCUAUCAGACCGCACCGGACUACGACGACGAUGGCGUCAACUGCGGCGGACUGUACUACCAGUGGUCGGUGAAUGGCGGCAAAUGCGGCAUAUGCGGAGAUGCCUUCGAUCUUCGCGAGCCGCGACCCCACGAGCUUGGUGGAGUUUUCGGCGCCGGCGAGAUCGUUGGGCACUACUUGCCCGGUGACAUCAUCUCCACCACUGUAGAGCUCACCACCUCCCACCUGGGCUUCUGGCAGUUCAAAAUUUGCCCCGACCCCUUCGACAACGACCAGGAAUGCUUCGACCGCCAUCCUCUUCAGUUAGAAUCCGGCGGCACAGUCUACUAUCCUCGAAGAGGCAGUGUCAAGUACACGCUCAACUACAGACUCCCUCAGGGCUUAGUGUGUGAACACUGCGUGCUGCAAUGGAAAUACACAGCUGGAAACAACUGGGGCACCUGCAAGAACGGCACUCAAGGUUUGGGAUGCGGGAAUCAGGAACAAUUCGGUGCCUGCUCCGACAUAUCCAUCGGUCUAGCGACAGGGAACAGCAUAGACGAAGAUCUAGCUCCGGAAUACAGCGAGAUACCAUCGCCUUUAUUAUAUUACUUGAAGCAUGGGUACUUCGAAAAUCAACAAGCAAGCGGGGCACAGCGCUGUAAAGCGGCUACAAAAGCCGGCGCACAGCGCUGUAAAGUGGCUACAGAAGUCGGCGCACAGCGCUGUAAAGCGGCUACAAAAGCCGGUGCGCGACUGCUCCCGGUUCUUGGCCGCACACGGAAUCGCCGUACUGCGCUCUCAGUCGCUCUUAACCGCUACUUGACAGUUGGCCAUGGAAAGCUCAAUCGUUUGGGCAACAACCGUCUCGUUAACGAGCGCCCUAAGGUUACAACCCCAAUGCAGAGACGCUCGCCUAGCACCAAGCUACUUGCCUGGCGACUAACCAUAGUUAAAGAUCAAAACACGCAGAAGCCGAGGCAAAGCGGGCUGAUGCAACUACUUAAGAAUAAAGUAGCGGUCCGGCAGCGGCCACAGAAGAGCAGACUGAACAGCAAGUACACCCGACGGAAGAAGGGCAAGAAGAACAAACCUAGGAAGAGGAAGAAGGCUACAGCGUUUAGGGGAAACCGGAUGUGA